AUGUCUGCCUCCCCUGGGCAGGCCCUGGUCACCCUCCUGCUCACCCUCCUGCUGAGACUCACAGCUGGGGAGCAGCCGGUCAUCUCCCUGACGGGCCCAUCUCAGAGGACCACCCCUGGAAAUUCAGUGCCUUUCAACUGCACGGCUGGCCCCUUCAGCUCCACAAACUUCAAUGUCACCUGGCUGAAGGACAGUGAUGAACAUCCACCCUCAGCCCAGUCUCAGAUGACCGAUGACAAAGGCAGGUACUUCGUAACCAGCAAGGCACUGGUGUCACUGACGGGAAAAGAGGUCUUGUCUCAGAUCACCUGCCAAGUUACCCACGGGGACCUCGCCGAGCCCCUGCAGAUGACCUUGAAUCUCUCUGAAGUGCUCCAAGUCAUCCCCACCCUGAAGAUCACCAUGGACGCCGAUGGGACCCGCAUCCAGGUGCAUCAGAGAGUGAACCUCACUUGCCACGCCAGCCACUUCUACCCCGUGUCGCUGCCCGCUCAGUUCAGAGCCAAAGCGGCGCGAGCAGGGUUUCCUGGGUCCCGCUGGAACUGGCCUCGGAGAAGGCCUAGCGGCCUGGAGGGGGCUGGCUGGGGCGCGGGCUUGGUCCUCUGCCACGUCAAGCACAAGCUGACAACGGUGUUCCAGAAAACCAUCAACUUGGACCAGUACCUUCGCAGAAGGAUGCUAACCACCUCUAACAAGGUGGAAGGCCCCCUGCAGCGAGCCGAGCCAGGACCCAGCAUCCAGCUGACGUACACAUCCUCUGGACUCAGAACCCACUCCUCUCAUGUUUGGAUCGUGCUGGUUCCCCCUACAGUGACAGUGACCCAGUCUUCGACUCCCUCCGGCUUGGUGGCUGUUACCUGCCUUGUGCAGAGAUUCUAUCCCCAGGAGACGCACCUCACCUGGCUGGAACACUGCCACGCACUCAAAGGGACCGAUCAGCCCAUGCCCAGGAAGAACCGCGAUGGCUCCUACACCUUGGAAAGCUUGCACUUGGUGAACGUGUCGAGGCAGAAGUCCGAGUGGCUGGUCACCUGCAGGGUGCAGCACCAGCAACAGCCUGCCGUCCAGGCCAGCCUCAUCCUGUCCACAGCGUCCCAUCCCAAACGCGAGCCCUCUGGGAGCCCAGGUCCAGGCACGUCCACCCUUACCUCUGUGGCUUUCCUCUUGGGCGUCAAGGUGCUGCUGUUGGUGAGUUUCACGGUCUCCUACGUCUGUAGGCGGUGGAAACUGUGA